CACCAUUGCUUUCUUGUGUCGACCUUCGAGUGUCUGCUGUUCUUGUCUUCUAACCCUAGCAGCGCCGCGACAAUCGCAUCUGCCUCGACGCUUUUGUUCUUGCAAUCGUCUGCCGCCAUCCCUGGACGGGAAAGCGUGCAUUCCUCGUCAACAAUGGCCACCGAAGAGGUGCAGCCACUCAAGAUUGUCAAGUCUAACUCGACUGCUUCGUCGAUUGGCUCCCCCACCAAGAUGUCGCGCCCUCUAUCAGAGAUUGGCUCGACUGAGCGCAGAAGAAACUCACCCAGCUAUAACCAGGCCACAAAGAAAAUGGUCGCUAGCAAGGACUCGUCGCCAUUCGACUCGUCGCCGCUGCAACAGCAGCGCUCUCCGCGCAUGUUCUGGGAAGACCGCGCUUCUUCCUCUCGCUUUGGCUCGGAAAACAGUCCCGAGCGCCCUGAACGAUCUGCCUCUCCCACUGGAACAUCUUCGCACCGUCGCUCAUCGAUUGAGAACCUCAAAAAGGCGUCCCGGGUCAAGAACAGCACUAUGUAUGCUCGCGAGACCAAGCACAACUACGAUCCCUCGAGCUCUCCGGUAAUCGAGCGCCCUCUUAGCAACCGUGGCUGGGGAGGCAACUUCCAGAACAACGUGUUCACUCGCUUCGACAGUCUGCGCAAGGAGAACAACCCGCUCAGAUCUCCCACCGACGCAGAUCUGAGCCCUUCCAGGAUUCCCGGUCCAUCGCCAGGUCCUUCUGCCAUAAACACAUCAGCCCCUAGCUCUCCUCGCAGGGACAUUCCUUCACCGACCAAAUCUUCCCUCACAUCCAACAGUCGCUUUGCUGGCUCCUUCGAAUCAGACCAAAGUCAUUGGCCCGAGGAUGAGGAUGAUGCGAGAGUCGCCACACCUCGCGCGCAACCUCGCCAUGCGAAAAGCGUGACAUUCCAGACAUCACCUCCUGAGAUCAACGAAUACGAACAGCAGACUCCAGAGCCAUCUUCCAUCGCAUCGGGAUCACGAGAGGGCAGCUACGACUCCGAGGACUACGAAGACAACAGCUUCGAGCGCACUUCUUCUGUUGAUGAAGACAGCUUCGACGCUUCACUCGAGGAUACCGACAAGACCCCAGUUGUCCUUCCCGAGGACUGGAGGCAUAUGAGUCCCGAGGUUGCUCGCAGCCAUCUCGCCAACGACUAUGAUGAUGUUUUCGAGGAUGAUGACGAGGUCACUGAGAGACACGAAACCAUUUCCCCCAACGAACAGAGACCUUCUUCCAGUCGGUCCGAGUCUGCCAAUUCAGAUGCUGAAGCAAGACCUCUGCCCCCGCUUCCUGGUGUGCCAUCCUUCAGGAGAGAGCGCGUCGAUUCAGGUGGUCUGGCCGCUGCAGCAGAGCGUGCAAGCAGCAUUCAACGUUCUCUCCCUUCUCCGCCCCGUCCCGCUUCGGUGUCCAAGGAUGAGAUUCUCCGCAUGAGGGAGACCAACAUGUCGUUGGAAGACAGAAUGAAUCUCCUCGCUCUGCAGGAAUCACUGGCCGAUGUUCACAAAUCACAAAACGGAGACGAGCCUGCCCAGAACACCUCAGAUUCGACCGAACAGAAUGCGACUGCCGGCUCAGAGCACUCUGAUGUCGAGGAUGAUGACCUUGCUGGCUUUGACUUUGCACCAAGCAUAUCUCGAGAGUCUAUCUUGCGCAAUGUCAAGUCUCAGAAAUACGACCACUUCGAUGCUGACCUUCAAGAGGAGUCAAUGGUCUCAUACGCUGAUAGAGAUUACCGCGAACUUGCAAACCUCGACCCUGAUGUUCCCAUUCCUUCUCGCGAGACAUCGAUCCAAUUCGACGCUGGAAUCGGGGCCACCAUCAAAGACGAGGAUGACAACAGCUACAUCGAUCUCAGUGCUGUUCCAUCUUUCCAUCAAGACAUUGAUGAGCCCAGAAUGGAUGACUAUGAGAGACAAUCUUCUGUUAUUCAUCAUGCUGAAUACGAUGAUGAUUCACAUGCCGAGGAUGAUGAGAGUCGUUACUCGUCUCCCAUGUCAGUCUUGAUCAAUGAGCAACCGGAGGAACCCGACCAAAUCAUCCCUGCCGAGCAUCAAGAGUCUCCGGUCGACGAAGAGGUGUUCGCUACUCCGCUAGGCAAUACGCAAAGUACAGACGAUACCAGCAUGGGUCUUCCUUUGAGCUUCCUGGGCAACGACGACUUCGACUUUGGCUUGAAGGAUUACAUCACCCCUACACCACCCUCUUCAUCAGGCGAACAGGAUCAAAGCAAGCACUCCGUUCUCGAGCCUCCCGAAUUGCUACAGCCCAGCUUCACCGUUGAAGCUGAAUACGGAAGAAGAGAGUCGUUUGACUCCGACCACACAAUUGGUCGCGAGUCUUUCGGUUCUGUUAUCCAUGGCUCGAUGAUUGAUAUGUCUCCUCCCCCUGAGGAUGCACCGAUCAUCCCUGAGCGCAAAGCCACUAUCAGGACGCAAGGUAAGCUCAAGGCACGACCAUCUGGAACUCCCGCCGACUUGGAAGCUAUGAGAGCUCAACGUCGUCAUGUGAGCCACGAGGUGCCAGCAAUCCCUGACCAGUAUCGCGACGAGUAUUCGGCCCAAACGGACGAUCAAGGCUCAUCCGAAGACGAAGAAGAAAAUGAUCAGGAGUCUCGCGGCUCGGACUCGCACUCAGAGCAAGAAGUCAGUAGUCAAGGGCUCUUGAAUGUUGCAGACGGCGAGCAGAUGGCCGAGUCUUCUCUCCAAGAAACUGCCAGCCUCGAUAGGCAUUCUGACGCCGAAACCCAUGCAUCUCCAGAGGCUCUUUCCGAACAAAGCCACGAGAUGAAGCUUGACCUUGACUUCCCGCUUAGCUCCUUCGACAAUGAUAUGGGCCUUGGGAUGGAUGCUGAAUUUGACCGCGUGAUCGAAUCUCAAAAGAAGGGUUACCUGAUGCGUCAGAACACCAAGGUCAUCAUCGCCAGUAAUAGAAACUUCAGUGAUGAAAGCCAACGACCGCUCUCUCCCAACUCUCAAGCCAAUCCUCCUGCCGCGGGUAAGGGUAUGCGCAGCCCUCGUAAAUCGAGUGCGGGCGAGAAAUUCUUGACGACCGAGCCAUGGAACGGUAAGACUAGACGAAAGAGCUCCAGGAGAUCUUCUGGCAGAAAAUCCAAUGUUGGUGGCCCGGCUCCUCCCUUACCUGGUCAUGAGAGCUCGCUAGGAAAGGUUGAUGAAUACAUGACCACUGAUGAGUCCGGUGAUGGUGAGGAGAGAGGAAGAUUGUUCGUCAAAGUAGUCGGCGUGAAGGAACUUGAUCUACCACUGCCACGCAACGAUCGUCUGUUCUUCCAACUCACCUUGGACAAUGGGUUGCACUGCGUCACGACUGCUGAUCUCCAGCUCGGCAAGGCUGCCGCAAUUGGCCAGGAGUUUGAGCUCGUUGUCCUCCAGGAUCUCGAAUUCCAGCUGACUUUGACUACCAAGCUUCCCGCUCCUGCACCGAAGCCUCAAAUGUCUAUCCCUGUUCCUGUCUCUCCUACAAAGCCUAUCAAAUCGUCAACCUCUAGAUUUUCUCGUCUGCUGUCUUCGCCGAAGAAGAGAGCGGAACGUGAAAGGAAAGAGCGAGAGGAGGCUGCCGAGGUCGAGCGUCGUCAGCAAGAAGAGAUGCAACGCAAGCGUGCCUCAUCCAAACCGACGACCUGGGACAUGCUGCGCGAAGUAGUCGAUGCCAAGUCUGGCUCAUUUGCUCGUGCAUACGUCUCUCUGAAGUCUCACGAGUCUCAGUGCUUCGGACGCCAGUUGACUGUUGACGUACCUUGCUUCAACGAAUGGGCCAUUGAAAAGGAUGCCGAUGUCGUCAGCAGUGUGCGAAGCAAGCGUAACAACGGUAAUCCCGGCUUUGGUGGCCGUGAUGGUACCAUCAGACGCCCGCCCUAUGCAGUAGGCAAGCUCGAGCUGCAACUCAUGUAUAUCCCCAAGCCCAAGGGCGCUGGUGACGAACACAUGCCAAAGAGUAUGAGUUCGGCGGUCCGAGAGAUGAAGGCCGCAGAGCAAGUCAAGGAGUCGUCGUGGGAGGGAUGCUUGAGUCAGCAGGGAGGUGAUUGCCCAUACUGGCGCCGCCGCUUCUUCCGUCUCCAGGGCACCAAGCUCACAGCGUACCACGAGCAUACCCGUCAGCCCAGAGCGACUAUUAAUCUCUCAAAGGCUACAAGAUUGAUCGAUGAUCAGAAAUCUCUGGUAGCCGAUCCGACAUCAGGCCAUCCCACCAAAGGCAGACGUAAGUCUGCUUUUGCUGAAGAGGACGAUGGCUAUCAUUAUGUCGAGGAAGGUUUCAGAAUGAGAUUUGCCAAUGGCGAAACCAUUGACUUCUACGCCGACAGCGCCGCCGAGAAGGACGCAUGGAUGAAGGCACUUGGUUCGUCCAUUGGCAAACCUUCGACAGGCAGCACGGCCAAAUGGACAGACGUCGUCCUGACCAAGGAACGAUCGGAUGCCAAAUCAGCAGCCAAGGCACAACAGAACUCGCCCGACCCCAGUCGAGAUGCUCAGGACAGCAGAAUUGCCGCGCCCAGGCUCAAACGUACACUGUCCCACCAAGACACGAUGAGAGAUGAGACGCCGCCUACGAGUCCGCGCACAGUGCAACGUGAGAGACAUCAGGUCAAGAGCAUGAUCUUCUAGAGGGGGUCAGACAGAACCGUCCUCAUUCCCUCCUCUCUCUCUCUCUCUUAUUUCCUUCCGUCAUCUCCUUUUCUUCUUCUCUUGUCUUCGGCUUCUUUCUGCAACCAAAAGCAUGGCUCAUGGCUCAUGGGGCGCGGCGGUUCCCACAGCAUGCUUUCUUUGGACUGUCUUGACCCCCUCUGCAGGGCUCUUCUUGUUUCUCCUUUUGUCUUCCUUUCCAUCGCGACUCGGGAAUACAUAGAUGUCGCUUUUCACCCUUUCUUGUUGUUUCUCUUGUGUCUUUUUUCUUUUUCUUGGAGAUUGGGAGGGCUACGGAGUUUACGAUGAUUGUAAUGACAAUGCAUGUGCUACUACAGACUUUAUUGAAUGGAAUACUACUUCUCUUC